AUGUCUUCUUCUGAUGAAAACUCGGAUGCUUCAGCUCCAGGUACUCCAGUAAAGUCUGAAACACCAUCGUCUCGUGGAUCUUCUCCAGCUUCACCGCAGCAACAAGAAGUAACAAAGAGAAAGGCUAUUCUCUCAGAUUCUGAUGAUGAUUCCGACACGCGGCCCGCACCACGGCAGUUAUCAGAUUCCUCGGAUGACGAUAUGGUUCCACGAGAUGGAGGAAAAUCUGCAACAAGCGGUGGUGGAAAUUUGUUCGGUGAUGUAUCGGGUUCAUCAGAUGACGAUUCGGAAGGUGAAAACAAGCAGAAAAAGAUCGAAACAAGAGCGAUGCUCUCGGACUCUGAUGCGGAGAGCCGUGGAAGCAUGAACGAUUUACAGGGAAUCGUGAUGGCAAAUCCAGAAGAAAUAGAGGACAAAGAAAAAGAACAGGUCCAUGAUACAGAGAUGAUCUCGGGUCGAAUUUCGCUGGAAUAUGCCGAGGACCCACCGUUUUACGUUCGAAUGCCAAACUUCUUAUCGGUUGCCACUCACCCAUUCGAUCCACAACACUACGAAGAAGAUGAAGAUGAUGAUCAAGCAAAAUUGGAUGAUGAAGGACGUACUCGGCUCAAACUGAGAGUCGAAAACACUUUAAGAUGGAGAAUCCGUAAAGAUGCGGAAGGAAGAGAUAUCAGAGAAAGCAAUGCAAAAAUUGUCAAAUGGGAGGAUGGAACAUCGUCACUGUAUCUCGGAACUGAAAUCUUCGACGUUACGUUGAUGCCAUUAAACGCGAACAAUUUGCCACAUCUUUACGUAACUCAACCCAAUCUUAUGUCAGCACAGUCAGUUCUCACUCAUCGUAUGAACUUCCGUCCACAUUCAACUGAUUCUCAAACACAUAGAAAGGUGACACUCAAUAUGGCAGAUCGCAGCAGAAAGAAUGCACAAGUGAAAGUCAUGGACGCUGUCGGACAAAAUCCAGAAAUCACAAGGAGAGAAAAUGCUCGCAAAGAGGAGGAAUCGCUUCGUGCUCACAUUCGACGCACUCAAAUGGUUAGAAACAAUUUCAAAGUACGUCGACCAGUUUAUGGAGGACAAUAUUCUGAUGACGAGGAUAUGCCGACGUCGUCGAGAAAAGGAAAGAAGAAGGAGGCGCCAAUUAUAGGUGCAAGCUCGGAGAGUGAAGAUGAAGGAGAUCAUGUGAAGAAAAGCUCCGACAGUGAUUCAGAUGAAGAGUACCGCAAGCGUAAGCAACAACAAAAGAAACAAAUUAUCUCCAGUGACGAGGAAUCAGAUUAA